AUGCCUGGCGUGCGCGGGGCCCCCCGCCCGGGCGCGGCUGGGCUCCGCGCAGACGUUGCCGCUCCCUCCUCGCAGCCGGAGGCAUCCUGUUGCGCCGGGCUCGAAGCGAGGACGGGAGCAGCAGCGGCUGCCGAAAGCCUCUGCCCAGCCCGAGGUCGCCCCUCGCUCGGAACAAUGGCCGCGCUGCCGAGGCUGCUCCGGGCCGCUUCGGUCCUGCUCGUGGUCUGGGCUGGUUUUUGUUCUGCCGUAUGCGUUGAAGUUCCCUCAGAGACAGAGGCUGUCCAAGGGACACACAUGAAGCUGCUCUGCAUCUCUUGCAUGAAGAGGGAGGAGGUCACAGCCAGCACCGUGGUGGAGUGGUUCUAUAGGCCUGAGGGUGGAAAAGAUGAACCUAUCUACGAGUACAGGAAAACAAAUCAUGAAUUUCCGAGCCGCUUCAGUGGUCGGCUACAGUGGAAUGGGAGUAAAGACAUGCAGGACGUAUCCAUCACUGUGUUAAACGUGACGUUGAAUGAUUCGGGUAUCUACACCUGCAAUAUCACCCGGGAGUUUGAGUUUGAGAUUCACCGACCUCUCUUCACGAGCUCCAGAUUGAUUCAUCUCACCGUGGUGGAGGAGGCUGGAGAAGACUUCACUUCAGUCAUCUCUGAAAUUAUGAUGUAUAUUCUUCUGGUCUUCCUUACGUUGUGGCUACUCAUAGAAAUGGUCUAUUGCUACCGAAAAGUCUCCAAGGCAGAGGAGGCUGCCCAGGAAAACGCGACAGACUACCUUGCGAUUCCAUCAGAAAACAAGGAGAACUGUGCUGUGCCUGUGGAGGAAUAGCAGAGAGGAAACAGUGGAGCAAAUGGCAACAAGGGGCUCUGAAGACAGAAAGACCACAUCAUGCCAGCCAGGUUUGGGAGAACUCUGUGCCGUCAGGAGGAAAAGCGGGGAAGCGUAAA